AUGUCAGGAGCCUCCAAGGAGAGUUUGGGGGCCCGAGGGCUGCCGGCGGCCGGCAAGGCCUGCCUCACCACCAUGGACAGAAAGCUGAACGCGCUCAGUGAGAAGGUUGACAAGCUCCUGCAUUUCCAAGAAGACGUCUCGGAGCAGCUGCAGAGCGUGUGCCAGGGCAUGGACCACCUGGAGCAGGGCCUGCACCGGCUCGAGGCCGCCAGAGCCCCCGGCCCGGCCUCCGCAGCCGACGCGCAGACCGGGUGGCCGGAGGUCCUGCGGCUCGUGCAGGCCGUGCGGCAGGACGCGGCCCAGCACAGCGCCAGGCUCGAGUCCUUGUUCCGGGUGGUGGUGGCCGUGGACAGGGCCAUAGCUUUGGUGGGGACCGUGUUCCAGAACUCAAAGGUGGUGGACUUCAUCCUGCAAGGGAGUGUGCCCUGGAGGAGAGGAAGCCUGGCCGAUGCCCCACUGGAGAACAAAGACAGAGAGGAAGAGAAAGGAGCCAAACCACAGCGUGCACUGAGCACCAGGGGUGUGCAGGCCGAGCUCAGGGGGCCUCACGAAGAGAGCCAGACGGCGGCCCUACCCGAGGGGACAGCGGAGCGGCUGCCCCCCGUCGGCGCCUCAGGGAUGGGAUCUGACGUCCUCGCCCAGCCAGAGGCCUUGCCAGGGCAGGGAGACAGAGUCCCUGGCCCAGACCAGAUGCCCCCUGAACACCUGCUGCUGCCCAGAGCGGCAGAAGCCAAAGCUCCUGGGGGGUCCGGCGGGAGCCCCGAGACCAGCCUGGAAUUGUCUGCAGAGCCCAGCGGGGUCAGUGAGGCCCCCGCCAGCCAGGAGGCUGUGCCGGGUGCAGGGCACGGACCAUCGCCCUGCAGUGCUGCCCCUCUGCCCUCAGAGGAGGGCAUGAAGCUGACUUCAGGGCCCCCUUCCCAGGCCAAGGCAGCUCACGGUGGUGAAGACACGCCUCCGCGGAUCCCUGUCCACGUGCAGGAGACGCCCGGGGGCAGCCUCAGACCCGCACCCCCUGCGGAGGCUCCAGCUGCUACCCAGCCAGGUGAGCAGGACCCAGCUGAGCAUGGGCGCAGUCCCCAGGCCCCUGGGACGGAGUCGGGACCACAGACCCUGAAAGGAGCCUGCGCGUGCUCCCCUCUGCCUGUGAGGAGCGGCGGCGGGGGAGCAGAGGCCGAGGACCUGCCGGGGCCUGUGGCCACACCGGCCACGGGACCAAGCCGGGCCAGGAGGGACACAGGAGAUGACGCUGGGGCCUCAGGCCUGCAGCAGGACAAAGGCCCAGGAGCAGGGAACCCUGAGUCCGAGCUGGACUGCACCCCAGGGAUGCCCCAGGGAGCCGAGGCUGGCAGCCUGGUUCUGGAUGACAGUCCAGCCCCGCCAGCCCCUUUUGAGCACCGGAUGGUGAGCGUCAAGGAGACUGCGGCCUCGGCAGGUUACACCGUGUGCCAGGAUGAAGUCUUGGGAGGGGGCCGGUUCGGUCAGGUCCACAGGUGCACGGAGAAGUCCACGGGCCUGUCGCUGGCCGCCAAGAUCAUCAAAGUGAAGAGCGCCAAGGAUCGGGAGGACGUGAAGAACGAGAUCGCCAUCAUGAACCAGCUGAGCCACGUCAACCUGAUCCAGCUCUACGACGCCUUCGAGAGCAAGGGCAGCUUCACGCUGGUCAUGGAGUACGUGGACGGGGGUGAACUCUUUGACCGCAUCACGGAUGAGAGGUACCACCUGACCGAACUGGACGUGAUCCUGUUCACCAAGCAGAUCUGUGAGGGCGUGCACCACCUCCAUCAGCACUACAUCCUGCACCUGGACCUCAAGCCGGAGAACAUACUGUGUGUCAAUCAGACAGGACACCAAAUAAAGAUCAUUGACUUUGGGCUGGCCAGAAGGUACAAGCCCCGGGAGAAGCUGAAGGUGAACUUCGGCACUCCGGAGUUCCUGGCCCCGGAGGUGGUCAACUACGAGUUCGUCUCCUUCCCCACCGACAUGUGGAGUGUGGGUGUCAUCACUUACAUGCUACUCAGUGGCUUGUCCCCGUUCCUAGGGGACACAGAUGCGGAGACCAUGAACUUCAUUGUGAACUGUUGCUGGGACUUCGACGCCGACACCUUUGAGGGGCUGUCGGAAGAUGCCAAGGACUUUGUUUCCCGGUUGCUGGUCAAAGAGAAGAGCUGCAGAAUGAGCGCCACCCAGUGCCUGAAACACGAGUGGCUGAAUAACUUGCCGGCCAAAGCUUCCAAGUCCAAAGUGCGGCUCAAGUCCCAGCUGCUGCUGCAGAAGUACCUGGCGCAGAGGAAGUGGAAGAAACAUUUCCACGUGGUGACCGCUGCCAACAGGUUAAGGAAGUUUCCAGCGUGUCCCUAG